UUUUUUUAUUAGUUUGUUUCAAAAUAAAUAUUGCUUAUUUUUCUAUAUUUGACAUAAUCUAAUUUUUAAAGUUUUUGUUUUACUUAACAACACUGAUUUAUAGCUUCAUAAUUAUCUAAAAUUUAUUUUACAGUACAAUUUUUUAAAAAAGUUUUUCCUUCUUUUUCCACCACUACGCUCUAGCUAAUUAAUUGUUUACCAUAAAUAUUACUAAAUCUAAAAAUCAAAUAAAGUGUAAACAUAACAACAAAAACAAAACCAAGAAUAUAGGUUACAAUUUUUUUUUCUUUCUAAUUACACCAAACAAAGUACAACCAAUAAUGCAUAGAGUACCAAAAGUUAGGUUAGCCUCCAUCCUUUUUCCCCCAAAUGACAAAGCCCAAUGUAAGUUGUAUUUCACAGAAAUUAAAUGGUUUGGGAAACUUUGAAAAGAGAGAAAGGGAGAAGGAGGCGCAGUUAAAAGGAUUUGGUUUAGUUGUGUAUAAGGAAGCAUGGACUAUCGGUUUGAUGUAUUUCAGUUGUGUAAAGCGAAUGGUUGUUGCGGUAACUUGGUAGUCGGGUUGAAUGUAGAUGUUGGAUUGUUUGAUGAGACGUAUCGUGGAGUUCCGUUGAUAGAUAGAUAGUGGUUGUUUAGUGUGAUGAUUAGAUAAUGCUGUAGCUUCAACCUAGUUCAACUGCAUUUAGGUUUGUUGCGGUGGUAGCAUAAUGAACUGCUCGGAAUUUAGAUAUUGAAUUGGUGUAAGGCCGGAGGUAGGAUUUAGGUAGCGUAGGAGAUUAGAUAUUGAUUGAAAUUUAGACGAGAAGUUUGUGUGAGGUAGCGAAUUAAGUCGGAUAUGGGAUUGCCUCAAAUGCCCUCCGGCAAUAUUGCUGAGGAAGUGGCCACAUCAUUGAGUACAUUCGUUCAAACUCCUGCUAGAUUUGCUGGUAUGAGUAGUUGUGAUAUGAGUGGAAUGCACAUAAGUUGCCUUAGCAAUAGGACAUCAGCAGAUUUUGCAUUCGUCUCGUCUAGGGAUGUAUCGAGGGAUGGUGAUAUUCUUGGUCUUCAUAAAGAUGGUAUGACAAGCAUGCAUAAAUUGAGGAUUGAUUCUGCAGAAAAUCAUCAUGGCUUCUUCAGUCAUAAUGGUGGAAGGACUACACAGAGUCCUGCAUCAAGGAUUGUUGGGUUUGAAUCAAAAAGUGCGAUAAAAAGCCAAGCUAGUUUAUUUGAAGCAAAUCCAUCGGAUAGUGUCAAUUCAUCUACUGUGGUUCCGAACAUUGACAAAAUGAAUGAGACUACAGGUUCAUUAGUUAGGAAACGCUUGUUGUCUCCUUUGAAUGGUAUGGUUCUUCCAGAUAAAUUUGCAGGUGAAUCUCUGGAUAUCGGUGGUAGUACUGUUAGAAGUAAUUCAAACUUCACUCUUGAUAAAUAUGGUGCUCCUUCACAAGAACAUAAAAAGGCUCAUAUAAGCAACACAAACAACUUUAGUAAUAAAAAUUGGUUAAUGCCAUCUUUCCCCAGGGGGAAGUGUUCGCCAAAUGAAACCUGUGGAGAAGUCUCCCCUUUUGUCACAGAUGGUCCUUUGUUCAAUGACGGGAGCCCUGAAUCUGAGUUCGUUUUUACUCCUCCUUCCCCUGGGUCAGAAUUUGGAGUUCAUAUGAUAAAAACACAAUUGAAAGAUGGGAUAAUGGACAUACCCGGAGAAAAUACAUUCUCUCCACAAUUGUCUCUUUCUCCUCUUGGACCAAAAUCUCAUAUGAGGUUGAGACGUGCUGAAACUUUUAGGAAUUCCUGGGAGGAUCAUGAUGAUAACUACUUAACUUUGAAGGAUGUGGAAUACUCACUUGAUCGAAGUUUUUCAGGCAUUUUAUCUCCGCGGAAGGAAGAGUAUCGUAAAACAGGAAAUGAACUUUUCCAAGAUGUUGAUGUUUUUGAGAUGAACUUUGAACGUUCCACACCUGAAAGUAUAAGUUUCAUGAGGCGGUCCAAGGCACAUAAUUCAGUUCCUACAAAUCAAUGUGCAAGAUUUGGUAGAAGUCUUAGUGGACUGUCUGUGAAAAGGUCCUUAGUCGGUUCAUUCGAAGAGUCAGUCUUAUCUGGUCGUUUGACAUCCAGUGUAGUGAGCCAGAGAAUUGAUGGUUUUCUUGCCAUCCUUAGCAUCACUGGUGGAAAUUUCUCGCCUCAUCCUCAGAAACUUCCAUUUGCUGUAACUAGUGUAGAUGGUGAUAACUUCUUGCUGUAUUACUCAUCAAUAGAUUUUGGAAGACCAGGUAGUGACGGUAAAGGCUCACAAAUCAGGAACUCUAGCAUUAAUGGUUCACAAACAAACAGAGGCCGCCUACGUAUACCGAUGAAAGGGCGCAUACAACUGGUUUUAAGCAAUCCAGAAAGGACACCUAUCCACACAUUCUUUUGUAGCUAUGAUUUGAGUGACAUGCCAGCUGGUACUAAGACAUUUUUACGUCAAAAGAUAAAUUUGUCUGUGGAUAAAGCUGGAAACAAGAGUGUAGAUACAAAGAUGGAUAGUGGAUCACCUUCGGCUACUUGUGUUGAAGAUUCUAUGCUGCAUGACAGUUCAAUUCGGUAUUCAACCAAAUCUCAUGGUACUGGCAAGGCAGGCCAUCAUGGAACCAAACCUGCAAAUAGCACUUCAAAAGUGAAUGAGAGUACUGCUAAUUCUAGUGUUCUUCGUUAUGCUCUACAUCUCUGGUUCUUGUGCCCCUACCCCAAGAAGAGCGCAAAAUCAGGUAUUCAGUGCAAAAAUGGCCAGGCCUGUCCGACAGCAAGAAAUGGCAUGGACGUUGAAGAGGGGAGACGAUUCUACUUGUAUAAUGAUAUGAGAGUAGUUUUCCCUCAACGACAUUCAGAUGCGGAUGAAGGCAAGUUGCAGGUGGAACAUCAUUUUCCCAGAGAUCCCAAGUAUUUUGACAUUAGUGAUUGAGAUGGUGAACUUAUUCGAUGUCUCACCGUCUAAUUUCCUUUGUGAAUAAUGUACAUGUUUUUCCUAGUUGUCUAGCAGAGAUGAUGGCCAUAGCAAUAGCCCCCACUUCUCUUGUAAAUUCUUUCCAAUAAAUAGUCCUAUCAUUGACCUGUACAGGAUUGUACAUAAGAAUUCUCUACCAUCAAUGGAAAGAAAAAUAACAUGAAAAGAAAAAAAAAAAAAAGGUUAUUUUCUUCUUUAUUUCA